AUGGCUUGCCGUAUUCUCACCCGUCCUCGGUUUGUGUAUAAGCCCUCGAUUGGACAUCGUCCCCUUUCUAUCACCUCCACGGUAAAAAAUGUCGCGGAGCGAUCAGAUUACUUGGAAGGUUUCAUGAAUAGCCAAACACCUCCUCAGAGCACGGUCGAUUAUUUCUCUUCAUUGCCCUGGACUCGCAAAUUCUUGGAAAACCAAGCCUAUAAAGUCAUCCCAUUCUUCUCACGUCAUCUCAACGACCACACGGGAGAAAACCGUUUCUUUGCUCAAACGGUGAACAGCAACACAACCGUACCUCACCUUCUGGCACUCCAACUGAAAGAUCUCGAGAGUCCUGAAUUCACAUCCCACUACGGACAUCAGUCGUUCAAUACUCCAGAUCCGACUACCCCACACGAACUCAUUUGCUUAGUGUCCCUAGGCCGGGGCCUAGACUCACAUCCUUCGAUCGUUCAUGGAGGCUUUCAAGGAGUAAUCUUCGAUGAAAUAAUGAGGAAUUUGAUCCUGCUUCACAAUAAUAAUACCUGCGAACCCGGGCCGAGAGAUAUCCACUUCACCGUCAAUAUGAACAUAUCGUAUGCGGCUCCUGUGAUUACUCCGGGUGUAUUCCUCGUUAGAUCAAAUCUGGCCGGGCGAGAGGGGAGAAAGUGGUUUCCAAAGGCUGAGAUUGUCAACAGUGAUGAUGUGGUUUUAACCAGCGCGGACAGUACUUGGGUGACAGCGAAGAGGCAGUAA